AUGGAGGAUGAAUCAAUCAGACAACUACUCAGCUACAGCGACGCGCCAGGUGAGAUCCGACGUCAGCUGCUCCGUCUCUCCUCCUGCUGCUUCAUCAUUCCUUCCUACAGGCACAAGGAUCCGAUCCUAAGUAGGAAUUUGAUCCCUGGAUCCGAUUUAUCGGUCACUCACCGUCUCCACAAACUCUCGGUUUCCAUUUCCACCCAAAUUCGAUCUCUCUUUUCUCGCAAACAGAUGGAAGCGUCGUCCGUGGAUUCACAGGCCGACUCGAGUCUGCUUAAAGAAUUCUACAUCCCUACGUAUGUACUCGUCCCCGAAUCGGAGGCCGUCAAUGUUCCCGACGUGCCGCAGUGUCCGGUUUUGGUGUUCAUCAACUCCAAGAGUGGCGGCCAGCUCGGCGGGGAUCUUCUCGUAACCUAUCGAUCCGUUCUCAAUGACAGUCAGGUUUUCGAUUUGGGGGUAGAGACCCCUGAUAAAGUGCUGCGGAGGAUAUAUAUGAAUAUUGAGAGGCUCAAGUCUGGAGGUGACGAUUUUGCUGCUAAGAUUCAGGAGAAAUUGAAAAUAAUUGUUGCAGGUGGUGAUGGAACUGCUGGCUGGCUUCUUGGAGUUGUCUGUGAUCUCAAGUUCCCUCAUCCUCCUCCCAUUGCAACUGUGCCUUUGGGAACUGGGAACAACCUUCCUUUCGCUUUCGGUUGGGGGAAAAAGAAUCCUGGGACAGAUCGUCAAUCUGUAAUUUCCUUUCUGAAGGAAGUAAUGAAAGCUAAGGAAAUGAAAAUAGACAACUGGCACAUUCUGAUGAGAAUGAAGACCCCCAAAGACGGUUCUUGUGACCCUAUUGCACCUCUCGAGCUACCACAUUCUCUGCAUGCAGUUCACCGUGUCUCUUCUUCAGACGAAUUCAACAUGGAAGGAUAUACCACAUUUCGUGGAGGGUUCUGGAAUUACUUUAGCUUGGGCAUGGAUGCUCAAGUAUCUUAUGCAUUUCAUUCUGAGAGGAAAUUGCAUCCUGAAAAAUUCAAGAACCAGCUGACCAAUCAGAGUACCUAUGCCAAGCUUGGUUGCACACAAGGGUGGUUUUGCGCUUCUGUUUUUCAAUCCGACUCAAGAAUAGCUAGCCUGGCAAAGGUGAAGGUCAUGAAAAGACUAGGGCAUUGGGAAGAUCUAAGCAUAUCGAAUGGGAUACGGUCAAUAGUGUGCCUCAACUUGCCCAGCUUUUCUGGCGGGCUAAACCCUUGGGGAACACCAAGUACUUGGAAACGCCGUGAUAGAGACUUAACUGCACCCUUUGUGGAUGAUGGGCGUAUUGAGGUUGUGGGUUUUAGAGACGCAUGGCAUGGCCUCGUCCUUCUUGCACCUAAAGGACACGGGACUCGCCUCGCACAGGCACAUAGAAUCCGGUUCGAGUUCCACAAAGGUGCAGCAGAUCACACGUUCAUGAGGAUCGACGGGGAGCCCUGGAAGCAACCCUUGCCAGUGGAUGACGACACCGUUGUAGUGGAGAUCUCACACCUAGGUCAGGUGAAUAUACUUGCCACGAAUGACUGCCGAUCGAGGAGUAUGAGCGAUCCAUCGACACCGAGUCACCAUGCUCAUGAUGAAGAGGACCGCGAUAGCGAUGAGGAGGAUUCAGUACAGGGGGAAGAGUUCAGGAAGUUUGGUGCUGCUGAUACGUUCAAAAUGCCAGAUGAGUUUGACAUUUCCCAUCUUAGUUAA